AUGGCGAAACCCACCACCCCGUCCACCAAGCGUGGCCUUCCUCCGAAAAGGACCCCCAAAGUCGUCAUCGCGUCCAAUCGCGUAGAUAAACGACGAUCUCGCGCGGAAAAGCAAUCUUCCGAGCCUGAUUCCGAGCCCGAUUCCGAGCGAGAUGAACUCGCCCUGAUCCAUCGAUCUCGUAGCUCGCGCGCGACGGCGAGCGGAUCUCCUAUGCCAAAGCGUGGCACGUCGGACACGUUCAGCCGUGCGGGCCUUGACGAUGACGACAACCCCGACACAAGCCUGUUCAAGUCCGCCCUGGAGCUUUCCCUGCUCCAAAUCGUUCCCGUUCGCAACGUGAACUGGCGACACGGUCCUAAGUCUUGCGGGGCUCCCUCGCAACUCCGCGCUGCGUACGUGCAGCGUAUCGGUCAUGAACUUCCUGCGCGCGACUGCUGCAAGAAGUGCGUGAAUCAGGACGGGCCUUUUGGUUCCUGCGUCGUUGCGGUCGUCAACAAGCGACCUGUUUUCGACGGUGCGUGCGCAAACUGCGCGUACGGCGCCGGCCAGUCACGCUGUUCGUUCCGCGCCGAGGCGGACGGUUUUCCCCGCUUCCUCAUCGACGUGCUUCGUGAGGAAAACCCUGGCCAUCCUGCGGUGAAGGCGUUCGCCGCUGAGCGCGCUAUCUCGGCUGCUCACGAUACUUCGCUUGCUGAAGCCGCUCCGCUUGCUCCGGCCGCUCCGGUUGCAUCUGCCAGCCCUAGCACCCCUGGGUACGGCUUUGCUCGAACUCCGGUCGUUUCGCCUGCGCGUGCCCAAGCACCCACUGUCUUCUCGCGUCCUUCUGCGUCUGGCUCUGCCUUGGUCGAGAGCUUUUACUCUUCGGCGCUGACCGAUCCUUGCUUUUCGGUCUCCCUUGACCAGGCCGACUGGCCUCGCUUCCGCGCGAUUCAUGAGCGUCUCGACCUGGAUCUGGAGAGACUCGUCCACGAUCGUGGACGUCUUCGCGCUCUUCUUGUCGAGCACGGCCAACUGCAACCUACUGAGGUUGCCAAACCCGGAAACAUCUUCGGGUUGUGA